CAUUCCCACUGUUCAUCUUCUCCAAAUCCACGCUAGGGUUUUCCUCGCCGGCGCACACCAAGACAACCUCGUCGCCACUCGCCUUAUCGGAUUUGGAAUCUGCUUCUAAGCUGUUCGAUGAAAUGCCUGAGAGGACUGGUGUUUCUUGCUGGACUUGUCUGAUAUCUGGAUAUGCCAAGUCUGGCCAAUCUGAGAAAGCUCUGUCCACAUACUUGUCAAUGGUUAAGAAUAAUCUGAGCCCCAAAAAUGACACCAUGGUUAGCGUCCUCUCUGCUUGUUCGAAUCUUGAUUUUGUGCAGGUUGAGUAUUGGGCCAGGAAUCUGUUAGAUACAGCUUACCAUUGUGGUUUGAAUGACUCAAUUUGUGACUCUGUGAAAACAGUUCUUGUUUAUUUAUAUGGUAAAUGUGGAAAGGUCGAUAAGAGCAGGGAGAUAUUCGACCAGGUCUCAGCUGAUGGGAAAUCAAGUGUGGUUUCUUGGAACACCAUCAUCACUUCCCUUGUCCAAAAUGGAUUUGCUUCGGACGCUUUGGAUCUUUUCUCGCUGAUGACAAAACACCACAAAUGUAAUCCAAACCAUGUAACUCUGGUCAGCCUGCUCUCUGCUUGUGCCCAACUUGGUUGUUUGGAGCUCGGCAUUUCUCUCCACACCCACAUUAAAGCAAACCAACACGAACGCGAUGCCCACGGGCUUUUGAAUCGCAACCUUGCAACCGCAUUGAUAGACAUGUACUCCAAAUGUGGGUGCGUGGAGAAGUCAACGGAAGUGUUUGACCAGCUGGUUUCAAAAGAUGUAGUCUCGUAUAACGCUAUGAUCAUGGGGCUGGCAGUGAAUGGUGAAGGAAACACCGCGGUGACACUUUUUGAAGAAAUGUUAGAGCUUAAGUUGCAACCCAAUGCCCAAACAUUCCUCGGUGUACUAUGUGCUUGCAGUCACUCAGGACUUCUGAAGAAAGGCCGCCAGAUGUUCCAAGAAAUGAGCCAAAGGUUCUUCAUUUCCCCUAAAAUGGAACACUACUCCUGCUACAUUGACCUUCUCUCCCGCAUGGGACACGUUGAAGAAGCACUUGAAGUGGCAACCUCAAUGCCCUUCAAACCAAACAGUUUUGUCUGGGGUGCUCUUCUAGGUGGAUGUUUGGUUCACAGGAAAAUGGAACUUGCAAACCACAUCUCGCGUAAGCUUGUCCAGGUGGAUCCAGACAGCUCAGCUGGAUAUGUGAUGAUGUCGAACGCAUUUGCUGUACAUCAUCACUGGAACAAUGUUUGGAUGCUGAGGUCAUCUAUGAAAGAAAGUGGAGUAAGCAAGCAACCGGGGCGCAGCUGGAUUUGCUUGCAAGGGAAGGUUUAUGAGUUCCUUGCCGGAUCCUCUGCUUCAAAGUUUCAAGAUGAAAGAAUAUUCAGUACACUUGAGAGAUUGUUGAAGGAGAUGAAAUUGCCUGGUACAUAGGGAAUUUUUUAAAAGGUUUUUUUGUAACUUUCAUCAAAAUAUUUAUUGCAAAUGCAAAUAGUUCCCACUCUUGGCAUGUAUUCUUUGAUCAGCUUGCAAAAUUAAUUCUCUAAUGUGUGAUUUUCUGUCCUUUUUCUGUUUUAUUUGGCAUCAUUUUUAGACUGCUUCAUAAUUUCCAUAUAAGGUGUGUUCUAGCAAAACUCACCCUCAGAAUGUAUUGCAUUUUGUUCUAUCAAUUGAAGUAUGAAAUAAGAUUGAAUUUUUGUGAAAUUUUAAGAUGAGGAACUAUUAAUUAGUAAUUUUUAAUCGUGUGGUGAGUUUUAUAUAGAAAAAAAAUUAAAUUGAAAUAAAUGAAAGUUGUAACAUUUG